UCUCUACUUCGUCUUCUUCCUCCUCCAAACUCUCCGAAACCCUAACCACUCCCCUCGCCUCUCUCUCUCUCUCUCUCUCUCUCUCUCUCUCUCUCUCUCUCUCUCUCUCCCAGCUUCGACCUCCUCCCCUUUCGAUCGCCAUGGACAAGUACGAGCUCCUGAAGGACCUCGGCGCGGGCAACUUCGGCGUCGCGCGCCUCAUGCGCCACAAGGAGACGAAGGAGCUCGUCGCCAUGAAGUACAUCCCUAGGGGCCAAAAGAUCGACGAGAACGUGGCGAGGGAGAUCAUCAACCACCGAUCGCUGCGGCAUCCGAACAUCAUCCGGUUCAAAGAGGUCGUGCUCACGCCGACGCAUCUCGCGAUCGUGAUGGAGUACGCCGCGGGGGGCGAGCUCUUCGAUCGGAUCUGCACCGCUGGGAGGUUCAGCGAAGACGAGGCGAGAUAUUUUUUUCAGCAGCUAAUAUGCGGCGUCAGCUACUGCCAUUUCAUGCAAAUAUGUCAUCGAGAUUUGAAGCUCGAGAACACUCUCUUGGAUGGGAACCCCGCGCCCCGCCUUAAGAUUUGCGACUUCGGUUACUCGAAGUCGUCGCUGCUCCACUCGAGGCCGAAAUCGACGGUGGGGACGCCGGCGUAUAUCGCCCCCGAAGUGCUCCAGCGACGCGAGUACGAUGGCAAGUUGGCGGAUGUAUGGUCCUGCGGAGUAACCCUGUAUGUAAUGCUGGUGGGAGCUUAUCCUUUUGAGGACCCCGACGAUCCUAGGAAUUUCAGAAAGACCAUUCAGAGGAUAAUGUCGAUUCAAUACAAAAUACCAGACUACGUCCACCUAUCGCAGGAUUGCAGGCAGCUCCUAUCUCGUAUCUUCGUCCCUCACCCAGCAAAGAGGAUAACAAUAAGGGAAAUUAGAAACCACCCCUGGUUCCUAAAGAACUUGCCUAGGGAGCUAACUGAAACUGCACAAGCAGUAUACUAUAAGAGAGACAACACCGCCCCGAUUUACUCCCUUCAGAGUGUCGAGGAGAUCAUGAAGAUCGUGACGGAGGCGCGGACGCCGCCGCCGUCGACCACGCCCGUGGCGGGAUUCGGGUGGACGGAGGACGAAGAGCAGGACGACAGAGGAGGCAGGCAAGGGAACGAAGAGCAAGAAGCGGAGGAGGAGGAGGACAGCGAGGAUGAAUACGAUAAGAGAGUUAAAGAAGUCCACGCUAGCGGAGAAUUCCAAAUCAGUUGAUCAAGUUUGUUGGCCUACACAAAGAAAAGGAGGAAACUAAAGGAUUAGAAUAUGGCUUUGAAAUGUUAGUUAAUGAUCUUUUCCUCCUCAGUUUGUUUUCUUUUUUGUAUGAUCAUGUCCCGAUAACUGUGUAAAAUCGUCGGCGGUUGUUUAUUAUGUUAUAAUAUUACUCAUGAAAUAUUUAAGAUGCUUUGUAGAAUAUUCAUCUUAAGCACGAUCGGCGAAAACUCUUCAGAACUCUACUGUAUAUUUUAUCGAUCACUUUUUACAACUAUUUCCCUCCAAGUGUUGA